AUGAGCCCCCAGGACCACGACUCCCGGUGGAGGGUAGGGGUCAUGGACCUCCCCAGGGGCUGCUCUAAGGGCCACGGGGCAGGGGAGGGGGAGACCUGGCACCUGGUCACGGUUGGCCUUCACAGGGUCUUGGGUCCCCGCCCAGGACGGAGGGCUUCACGGCUCACCCCCGUGACAGCUGAGUACGUGCCUGUCAUCACUGGCCUCCUGCAGGCGAAGAUGAGGUCAGUAGCUUGGGCCCUGCGUCCUGACAAAAGCGGGGAUCUGGACACAGAGCGGACACAGGGGGAUGACAACGUGAAGGCCAGGGAGGAGCUGACCCCUGACAAGUCACGGAACCCUGAGCCACCAGAAACAGGAAGAGGCCAGAGCAGACUGGCCUUCUCCAACCUCAGAAGGACCAGCCUUCAGACAGCUGGCCUGGGCCGCUGGCCUCCAGGCUGUGCGACAACAGAGCCUGUUGUCAAGCGGCCCCAGGACACUAACAGUGGGGGAUCAGGUGUGAUGCUGAGCGGCUGGAUGGUGGAGGAGGGGGGUCGUGCCCACCUGCCACCAGGAGGCCACUCCGCACCUCUCCUGCAGGAAGAGUAG